AAUGGCCUCUCAAGCAGAUCUCGAAAUUGUUGCCCAAGGUAACAAGAAAUGGAUGGAAGUCUUUGCCUCUGAAAAGAUUUCACAAGGAUUAGGUGAUUGUUAUCAUCAUGAUGCUCAAUUGACUCACUUUGGAACUUUUGGAGCUUUCCAUGGCCCACAACCAAUUGCUGACUUUUUCCAAAACUUUUUACAUGGUCAAGUUGGUGCUAGAAAUCCAGUGUUGACUUCACACGUAGUUCAGAGAAUUGAUGAGAAUACAAUUUAUGAAUUGGGUAAAGUAAAGGCAAGUUUGGCUGCUGGUGGUGAAAUUGAAGCUCCAUACACUGUUGUUUGGACUAAAGGAAGCAAUAAUGAAUAUAAGAUUAAAUAUGACACUUUCUAAAUAAACAAGAAUUAUGAAAUCUAAC